AGGAUAUCAUUGUUAAACUUAGCAUCGUUGACAGAUGUCCCACAUUUGGUUCUCAAAUCCAGCCUUAACCUAGAAGUCGACUAAUAACUCUUGUCAUCAACAUUCAACAAUCCAAUUCAAACCCUCAUAGUUUCCCCAAUCUUUCAAACCCCACCCUCUCUCCUCCAUCUUCCACCACAAUCCCAACAAUUCUUGAAAACCCCACGGAUGAUGGAAUCGCCACCGGUGACAAAAAGGGGAAGUGGGUCAUCGGAAAGUGGCGGAUCGGAGAGUGGGGCGGAGGGUCGAACCCGGUUUGAGUAUUUUGGGUGGGUUUAUCAUCUGGGUACCAAUUCAAUUGGGCGUGAGUUUUGUCAUCUCAGGUUUCUCUAUAUCAGAGGCAAAUAUGUUAUCAUGUAUAAGCGUGAUCCCCAUGAAAACCCUGGCAUUAAACCAAUUAGGAGGGGUGUUGUCGGGAAUACACUUAUGGUGGAGGAGCUAGGACGAAGAAAGGUCAACGAUGGUGAUCUUUAUGUUAUAAGGUUUUACAACCGUUUGGAUGAGGAAAAGAAAGGAGAAAUUGCUUGUGCUACAGCUGGAGAAACACGAAAAUGGAUGGAAGCAUUUGAUCAGGCAAGACAACAGGCUGAGUAUGAGCUUUCUCAAGGUUCUACUAGAAACAGAUUGAAUGUGGAGGAUGAGAUUGAUCUUGACGGACACCGGCCUAGGGUAAGGCGAUACGCGCAUGAUCUAAAGAAGUUGAUAAGAAUAGGACAUGGUCCAGAGACACUUGUCAGAAGAUCAUCAAACUUGGGUAAACAUCAAAGACCGAGUGAGUUCAUGGAAGGUGACGCUGCGGAUGCAGUUGAAGCACACGAGUGGAGAUGUGUCCGUACAGUCAACGGUGUCAGAAUCUUUGAGGAUGUGUCUGACCAUAAGCCGCUUAGCAAAACCGUACUUGUGAAGGCGGUUGGUGUUGUCGAUGCAAGCCCAGAUACGGUUUUUGAGGUUGUUUUGAACCUUGAUCGACUUCGGCGAUACGAGUGGGAUUCAUUUAGUGGUGAUUUAGAACUUGUAGAUUCUUUAAACGGGCAUUCUGACGUUGUGUACGGAUCUUAUGAUCCCAGAUCGUUAAGUAGUCACAAACUGAUGUGCUGUUCUUAUAGGUGGCAGUCUAAGCGCGAUUUCAUAUUUUCUAGACAAUGGUUUCGUGGACAAGAUGGGACAUACACAAUUUUGCAGUUUCCUGCAAUACACAAGAAACGACCUAAAAAAUCAGGAUAUCGGCGGAUAAAAAUAUCUCCAUCUUCUUGGGAGAUCAGGAAUCUAAGAGGUUUGGCUGGAUCGAGGGGUCAUAGAUGUCUGGUAACGCAUAUGUUAGAGAUUGAUUCAGGAGGAUGGUUUAAAUGGAAGUGUUAUCAAAGCUCGAAGUUUGAAAAGUCUAUUCCUUACGCCUUGUUGAACCAAGUGUCAGGUUUAAAGGCGUACAUCUCAGCAAACCCUGCACUUACAUGUGAAUCAUCGACGACGCUUGUGGAUACGAAAACAUCCGAUGUUUCCGGAUCAAUUAGUGAGUUCGAGGAUGCAGAUGACGCCGAGGAGUUUUACGAUGCUAUUGCUGCUGACUCGUCAUCAUCUUCAGACGAUGACGAAGACGAUAGCGAUGCUGAACUUGACAGCAAGGGCCAGAGAGUGAAGCUGAAGAACGUUUCAUGGGCUAUUGCCAGCUUGGCUUUAAAGGCGAAGAAAGCUAUGGAUGGCAACAAUGAACUAGAUCAUAGUGUGGAUCCGGUUAAUUUAGAUUCUAGCGAAUUUUGUGGUUCGAUGCAAAAAGGGAAGGGCGAGAGUGAUUCCAAUUGCUGGACAUCUCCAAGUGGUGCUGGAUUUAAGAUUCGCGGAAAGACGUACUUGAAAGAUAGUGGCAAGGUAGCCGGAGGGGACCCCCUUCUAAAGCUUAUAGCAGUUGACUGGUUUACACUUGAAACUCCCAGAAGUAAAGUGGCUUUGCAUCCCAAAUGCCUUGUGCAGUCGGAAGCUGGGAAAAAACUUCCAUUCAUCCUUAUUGUGAACCUGCAGGUUCCGGCUAAACCAAACUACAGCCUAGUUCUCUAUUAUGCCGCGGACAGGCCCGUAAAUAAAAACUCAUUGCUGGGAAGGUUUAUUGACGGGAAUGAUGCAUUUCGUGAUGCAAGAUUCAAACUGAUUCCAAGCAUUGUACAGGGAUAUUGGAUGGUGAAACGUGCAGUCGGGUCAAAAGCUUGCCUAUUGGGAAAAGCGGUGACUUGCAACUAUUUAAGGCAAGAUAACUUUUUGGAGAUUGAUGUAGAUAUUGGGUCGUCAUCUGUUGCAAAGAGUAUUAUUGGUCUCGUUCUUGGAUAUGUAACAAGCCUCGUUGUUGAUCUUGCAAUCUUAAUCGAGGGAAGGGAAGAAAAAGAACUACCCGAGUACAUUCUUGGAACUGUUCGGCUAAACAAAGUGAGGCUUGAUACCGCUGUUCCUCUUGAAAACUAAUGGUAAAACUAUGAUGGCUAUGAUGCCACUCUCGGUGUAUAUGAUGUCACAUAAUGCUGUUAUUAUUGAGCUCCUGAUAACACCUCCAACAGACAUGAACCGCCAUGAUCGGUUAUAUUUUGUGUCCAUAUGUUUACAAUCUUGAGAAACAAUGCCCAUCUUCAUGCUUUUAUUGGGCCUUAAACUCUGUGAUUAAAUGAGUUGCAUUGCUAAAUGUUUACAGAAUUCAAAAUCAUCUUGCUUUUCUUUUAUAUAUACUCGGUACCUAUU